AUGUCUGACGGAGAUCCAUCUCUCGAAGAGGAUGUGCCAAAACCUCUACUUAAUCAAGAAGAAAAUGUGUUUACGCCGAAGAUAGCGACUCCUUUAUACACGGGCGGCGUGAAACUGCAUCACAAGAGAUCUGACACUGGAGAGACUGAAUCCUUCUUGUCUGAUGCGCAAAGGAAUGAGCUUGCAUUCCAGCAACUAUUCCAAGAUGGAGCUGGAGCAUUACACGAGGCGGAGAGGGAGGCCCAAGAGAACGGGGAGCUUCAGGCGAUGUCGGUGCUCGGUUCGUACCCGGACAAUCUGUCGCAGGACAUGAACACCGACCGGGACAAUGGUAGCGAAGCUUCAACCCGUCCAGCUGAAGACUUUACAUGUGGCGAUCCAGCCAUAACCCUUGGUCCAAACGGCAAUGGCAAACCUCCAGCCAACCAUUGCUCGAUAGUGAUGGGAGGUAUUUUGAAUAAUCCUUCCCUCACGUUCAACGAUGGUGUGCGCUCGAUAGACUAUGUGCUAGUAUGGGAGGCGUUCAAGGAGGACGCUUCUACGGCAGAAGCCUACGAGCAGAGGAAGAUUUUCGAACAAAACCUUGAGCUCGAAGGUCUACAACUCGAACGAGAGGCGCCUGAAAACUUGUAUGGACUGAAUUUUGUUAAGAUCCACGCUCCCGUGUCAGUGUUAAGAGACUACAGUGAGAUUCUGAAGCUUAGGAUGCCGAUGAAGGACUGCAGUAAGAUAAAGAAGUCUGGUCAGGCGAAUGCGAUAGUGCAGGCAGCAUUGUAUAUGUCUAAGUUCACAGCUUUGAAGGACGUGCAUGAGAAGACGAACAGUUUUGUGGAACAAGUGGACGCUUGCUGGGACCAGUUCAUGUCGAAGAUACGCGUCGAUACUGACAUGUUCCCUGAGAGGAAACAUAGACUCACUGCCAUAUACUCGAAGGACAAGGAAUAUUUAUUCGACACGACAGCUGAAUGUUUCUGGACACCUUCCAUUCGUUCGCGCAUCGUUCAGUUCAUUCUCGACAGGAAGAAGUUCUCGGAGGCUACCAAUGACGACUUCGCCUUUGGCAUCACAAGACUGAUAUCUAAUUGUACUUAUAGCGCUGCCUACCCACUACACGAUGGUGAUCUCAAAACUCCCGGAUCCAUGCGAUACCUCUUGUAUACAGAAUGGGCCGCCGUCUCCAAAUGUAUCAAGUACCAACCUCUAGACUACGUCAAGGAUUAUUUUGGAGUUAAAAUAGGCUUAUACUUCGCUUGGCUCGGUUUUUACACACACAUGCUCAUACCAGCCUCUAUUGUAGGCUUAAUAUGCGUUAUCUACUCAGCUGCUACUGUUUACGAUAAUAGACCUAGUGAAGACGUAUGCAACUACAACUCGUCAGUGAAGAUGUGUCCGCAAUGUGAUUAUUUCUGCGACUACUGGGACCUGAAGGCGACGUGUCUACAGUCUCGAAUUACCUACCUCUUUGAUAACCCCACCACUGUGUUCUUCGCUAUAUUCAUGAGCUUUUGGGGCGCAUGUUUCCUGGAGCUUUGGAAGCGAUACUCGGCUGAGAUGACACACCGGUGGGACCUGACUGGCUUCGACGUGUACGAGGAACAUCCCCGGCCGCAGUAUCUAGCGCGACUGGCACAUGUCAAGAGAACACAGUUAAACGUGGUUACAGGAGAAAGAGAACCAAUGGUACCAUUCUGGCGCAUGCGUCUCCCAGCAACUCUAAUGUCAUUCAGUGUAGUCGCUCUACUAGUCCUAAUGGCCCUGGCUACGGUAUUAGGGGUGGUCCUAUAUCGGAUGUCCCUUUUGGGCGCCACGAUAUUGCGCAACGGAAAUGCCCUGACUACCUACAACCCUAUAAUGUUUACUACGGCGACGGCUGCCUGCAUUAAUUUAUGCUUCAUCUGUUUGUUCAAUUAUGUCUACCAAUACUUAGCGGAAUGGCUGACGGAAAAGGAACUCUUGCGCACACAAACAGAAUUCGAUGACUCCCUAACUCUGAAGAUAUAUCUACUGCAGUUCGUGAACUAUUACGCGUCCAUAUUCUAUAUAGCAUUCUUUAAAGGCAAGCUCAUCGGUCGCCCGGGAGAUUAUGUCAGGUUGUUUGGACAUAGACAAGAAGAGUGUGCCCCAGGCGGGUGUCUGCUAGAGCUGUCCAUCCAGCUGGCGAUCAUAAUGGUGGGCAAGCAGUUCAUUAACACCAUCGUGGAGAUGCUCAUGCCGUACUUACUCAAAUGGUGGUACAUCAUCAGGACUAUUGGGAGGAAACGACAAAUAAAGAGUCCCUUACAAUGGGUGAAGGAUUUCAAACUGGUCGAUUUCGGUAACAUGGGAUUGUUCCCUGAGUAUUUGGAAAUGGUCCUACAAUAUGGUUUCGUGACAAUAUUCGUAGCGGCGUUUCCCCUGGCGCCUCUGUUCGCCCUCAUAAACAAUGUGCUGGAAAUGAGACUGGACGCCAAGAAGUUCCUAACUUGCUACCGCCGGCCCGUGCCGCAGCGAGUCAACGAUAUAGGCGUCUGGUACCGGAUACUCGACUCUAUUGGGAAACUUAGUAUUAUUACUAAUGGUUUCAUAAUAGCCUUCACAUCGGACUUCAUACCGCGGCUCGUGUAUCAGUUCACCAACGGUUCCAUGCACCAGUACGUCAACAAUACCUUAGCAGACUUCAACAUCAGCGUGUUAGAACAUCCGCCCAUCAAGACCACGUAUAAUGAAACUAUGUGCAGUUUCCCCGGCUACUGGUACUACAAGGAGGGCGACAGCUACGAGCACAGCAACUGGUACUGGCACAUCAUGGGCGCUAGACUCGCCUUCGUCGUCGUAUUCGAGAACGUGGUGGCGCUAGUGAUGAUAAUAGUCCGAUGGGCUAUCCCGGAUAUGUCAGGGGAGUUAAGAGACCGGAUUAGACGAGAGGCAUACGUGAUAAACUCGUUCAUACUGGAGGAGACGCGCGCGCGGUCCGUGCGAGACCAAGGAGAUACGACAGAUUCGAAUUGGAACCACAUAGCUUCUAUGUCAGGGUCUGACUUCGAUUUAGCGGCCCAUGGUGAUCAUCAGAACAUCAGGGAUAUUGGGAAGCAUGUUGUCGGCGAGAUCGACGACCAACCGCCGCCUGCGCACGUCUAG